UUGGCAGCAGGGUAUCCCUAGCGGGGCUACUUUUCAAUGGCAUUUUCCGGCUGUUUGUCCCGCCUCAUUUUCGGUUUUCUGGAUGUUCAUUGCUCAAACUAGACAGCCAUCGUGUAUUCUGCCGACGUCAUCUCGGCGCUGGAACUCGGUAAUGAUGUUGUGGUUAUCCAUGCCGCCGAUUCAGUGCCUGUGUCUAAAGAUCGCAUUUUGACCAGUCUCCCUCGCAUGGAGUUGCGCGCUGACCCUGUGGUGGCAACGGUGGAGAUGUCGGAGAUUAAAGGUAUAGAUGGGGAGCCUUCGGACUACGAGAGUUUGCCACCCCAUGCCUCAUUGACAAUCCACAUGACAGCAGGAGCAGUGGCUGGAAUCCUGGAGCACACGGUGAUGUACCCGGUGGACUCUGUCAAGACCAGGAUGCAGAGUUUGCAUCCAGACCCGAAGGCUCAGUACAGCAGCGUGUACGAGGCCCUGAGAAGGAUCAUCCAAACGGAGGGUCUCCUCAGACCCUUGAGGGGCCUCAACAUCACCAUGCUGGGUGCUGGCCCUGCCCACGCCCUCUACUUUGCUUGCUACGAACAGGUCAAGCGCACACUCAGCGAAGUCAUUCAGAAUGGAGGAAACAGCCACAUAGCCAAUGGACUGGCAGGCUGUGUGGCCACUGUGCUGCAUGACGCAGUCAUGAACCCUGCUGAAGUGGUGAAACAGCGGCUGCAGAUGUACAACUCUCCCUAUCGGAACCUGUUGGACUGUGUUCAGACUAUACAACGUACUGAGGGGCUUGCAGCCUUCUACCGCAGCUACAGCACACAGCUGACCAUGAACAUUCCCUUCCAGGCUGUCCACUUCAUGACCUAUGAGCUGAUGCAGGAGCGGCUCAACCCCCACAGACGGUACCACCCCGGCAGCCACAUACUGUCUGGGGCUGCGGCAGGGGCCGUGUCUGCAGCGAUAACCACCCCGCUGGAUGUGUGUAAGACCCUGCUCAACACACAGGAGAACGUAGCGCUCAGCUCCAUGCACUUCAGUGGUCACCUCACAGGCAUGGCAAAUGCCUUCAGGACAGUGUAUCGCUUUGGCGGCAUGGCUGCCUUCUUCAAAGGGAUCCAGGCCCGGGUCAUAUAUCAGAUGCCCUCCACUGCAAUUGCCUGGUCAGUCUAUGAGUUCUUUAAGUACUUCCUGACCAAGCAGCAGAUGGAGAGAGAGGCUGGGACAGCAGGCCCAGUCUGAGGAAGGGCUGUGGAGGGGGUCGACCAUCCACCACAUCUAUACUGGAGGCUCCUGGCUCUCCAAUGGAAUCAAUGCAAAAAGUCUCAUCAUAUACGCAAAGUCGUGUUCAUAAUGUAUAUCUGUGUGCUGUUGUGUAAUAAUCUCAGUGCAUUUUCUCAAAGGGAAGUCACUGCAAUGGAGGAAGUUUGUAAGACUUGCUGUGGGAGUGGUAGACCGUGGCACUCCUUACCCUUCACUUUUACCUACCCAGCAAGCCCUUCCAUUGUGCAGUGUCAUUCAUUAGAGGAGUGGAGGCUAUUACAUGAACAGGAAAUGCAUAGAUGGCUUGUUUUUCCAGUAAUGCAGAGUAAAGGACAUCUUCAUAUGGCAACAGGCCCUUUUCAAAAAUCACCCGUUCACUACGCGCACAACACUCCCAACUUCAUCUAUCUCUAUCUGGUGACUGUAUUUGUAUGAUUGUGUUUGGCUACAUUCAUACAGUAUGUAUACUGAACAAAAAUUUAAAUGCAACAAUUUCAACUAUUUUACUGAGUUACAGUUCAUAUAAGGAAAU